UUUAGAUGGUUCUUUUUCCUCCUCUAGUUGUUUUGCUACUGGUUCUUGUGAUGGUACUUCUAUCAUAUGGAGAUACUCCAGUUCCCAAUGGUCCAGUAUUGUACUGGUAGCUAGUGUUGAUCAACAGCUAAUUUCUGCUGCCAGUAAAUUUGAUAAUAAAACAAACCAAGUGACCAUGAUAUGCUGGGAGAGAUUAACUGAUAGUUACCUAGCAACAGGCCACACCCCUGACUGCAAUAUAAGGAUAUGGAACACCAGCAAUGGGGAAAUGGUAUCACUAUUAAAGGGUCAUACUAAUGAAGUUUUUGUUGUUGAAUGUCAUCCAAAGGAACCAAGAAUAUUAUUAACUGCAGGUCAUGAUGGUCAGGUUAUUAUUUGGGAUAUGCUGGCAGCUGUUCAACUGAAGGUCUUUCAAAUUGAAUAUAAGGAUGAAGGUGUUCCUUGUAUAUUUGACUGCAAGUGGUCACCUGAUGGUCUAACUGUAGCAGCUGCUGACAUCUUUGGAUAUUUAACAAUAUUUGGAUUUGGAUCAAGCACUCCUUAUGAACAACACCCAGAAGAGCAGUUCUUUCACACUGAUUAUCGUCCGUUAAUGAGGGACAGGAAUAAUUAUGUGGUAGACGAACAAACUCAAUUACCUCCUCAUCUGUUACCACCUCCUUAUUUGGUGGAUAUUGAUGGUCACCCGUACCCAGUGAAGUACCAGGAGAGUAUACUGAAGCACUUAAGAACAGGAACUAACGCCCACUCACUAUCAGCUGAUAGACCCAUUGAUGAUACUGAGGACUAUGAUGAAUAUAUGAGGAAACACUUUGCACAGUUUGAUAAAGAACGGAAAACCUUUCAAGAGAGGAACAGGAGAUCAACCCAACCCACUGCCAUGCCCACCGAGAGUGAUGUAACACCUUCCUUAUUAGGAGUUAUGGCUCCACCCACUAACACAAGUACUAACGAUACGGCACAAGAUAACAGGUAA